AUGAAACGUUUCUCAACACUGCUGCGACAUAAAAGUAAUGAUAAUGCGACAAGAUACGAUCUCGCAACGGCACCAGCAGACUCUCCGGAAGCCAACGCUGGACGAGCUAUUCGCUUGUUCUGCGAGUCUGGCAGCACCAGCAAUGGUGGUGAGGAGGUAUUACAUCUGCCCGUCAUUGUCGAGGCGGCCGAAUCCUCCCCAGCGGCUGCGGCAGUAUCAGCACACCAGAUCCGCACAUUUUUAAGUCGAGACUGGGUGGCCAAGCCGCAUGUUCAAUACAAUGCUAUGAUGUUGAUCCGGAUACUGAGCGACAACCCUGGACGAACGUUCACAAGGAACUUCGACAAGCAGUUUGUGAGUACGGUGAAGGAGCUCCUGAGGAAUGGCAGGGAUCCGAACACGCAGCAAAUGCUUCGAGAGACGUUGGAUAAUCUCGAGGUCAGCAAGGCGCAUGAUGAAGGGCUGCAGCUGUUGCUGCAGAUGUGGAGGAAGGAGAAAGGUCAGACGGCGAGCUUAGCCCAUUCGCGGAGCGUCAGAGGGCCGCCGCUUGGGCCCACCAACGGCACUGGGUUCUGGCCGCGGUCGCAGUCGACACCGCAACAACAGCCGCCGAUGCAGCCUCAACCGGUAAGUGCAAGUGAUGGCCAGCAACAUGCUGCAGCAUCAAGGCGGCAUCAGCUUCCUCCGCCAGUCGAGCUCGCAGGCCGCAUAGAAGAGGCUCGUAAUACGGCCAAGAUCCUCAUGCAACUCCUCCAGUCAACACCGCCUAGUGAAGUUCCGCCGAACGAGCUCAUCAAGGAGUUCUCGGAGCGUUGUCAGACAGCGCAGAAGAGCAUGCAAGCCUACGUCCACUGUAACGACCCUCCGCCGGACGACGACACGAUGUUGACGCUCAUUGAAACGACUGAGCACUUGAGUCUUGCCACAAGUCGCUAUCAACGAGCCCUUCUUGCUGCGCGAAGGUCCGGUAGCAGUCCACAGCCAGAAGUGAUGCAGAAUGGUUACGGUGCGUACAGCGACCCGUCGCCACCGAUGCAGAAUCAGGCUGCGUCUACCCCUUCGCCGCCGCCGCAGCAGCGUGCACCGCAACAUGGCAACUCACUCUUUGCGCCAGCGCCGCAGCAUCGGUAUCCCGCCGAUGGUUAUGGAAGCUAUCAAUCUCCGCCAGGUCCACCACCGAACAGGUUGUCUACACCGCAGCCACAUGGCGGCUCGAGCGAUUAUGCAGCGCCACAACGCAUGCCAAUGCCAUCGCAAUCACCUCCACCACGAGGUCCGGUCACCGUGCCCUUCUCCGACCCUUUCGCGGAUCCCGCAGAAUACCACGACAACCCAGCACCUCUCGCCUUCGAACCGACCAAUUACGGCAGCGUCCGCCAUUCCAACAUCAGUCAUGCGCGUACAAGCCGCGCGUUCAGCAUUGACUCUGAAAACGCGUACGGAACUGCGGGCGGCGGGCCAAGCGCUUCCCGGCAUAGUACUUUAGACUACAACAACCGACCCAGCCCAGACCUUUCCGCUCGCACGCCAAGCAUAGGCACGACGCCAACUUCACCAGAGUUCUCCGCCACUCUCACGCCACCUCAACAGCACUCGCAUCCCGUCGCCUUGCGGCCAGGGCCGGGACCGUAUCACUAUUCGGGCGCCACACCAUCGUAUCUUGGUCGGCAGAGCAGCGCUGCAGAUGGAUUGACCAUGCAUGGUGCUGGAGGGCCGGUGGACGAGGACAAUGGUGUUGCGGUGCAGGAGAUCGACUCGCACUCCGACGUCGGACGCCGUGAUCGCGAUCGGGCCACAACGGAGGCAAGUCCAAGCGAUGCAGGAACGACCGUGAGUUCGUUGGAGACCAUGAGCCCUGUGGAGUUCCAGACGGCGCAAACGGCGCGCAGGGUGGACAUUCGAGGGACUGGCGGGUUUAGAAACAGCAUCACGGGAGUGCGAGUGUAA